AUGUUAUUAUUUAUUUUACUUUUCGGAAUUCUUUCUUCAAUAUCGGAAUGUUCGGAUAUAGAUUUUGAGAUUUUAAAAGAUGUUCAUCGAAUUCUUCAAAAACGCGAUAUUGCAAGUAACAUCGCAUUAGAUGAUUCAUCAUCAAAAUGUCGAAAUGGGGGAAUUCUAGCAGGAAAUAUGUGUCAUUGUAUUCAUCCACAUAUUGGACCAACGUGUCAACAUUUUGCUUGUGGUAAGUUGAGUUUGGUCAAAGAAAUCAGAAUUGAUUUCACUCAGAUUCUGAUUCUUGAACUUCCGUGUCACUUCCAAAAAUCCUAACCUAUCCCUUUUAAACAUUUUUAAUUUGAAGUUCAUGGAACAUCAGUCGGACCACGCUAUGAUCCAAAAUCCCUAAUUUUUGGAGUGCCUUGUAUUUGUGAUUCUGAUUGGAAAGGAGAAUUGUGUGAUUUCAAACCAGAUGAUCAAUGUGGAAAUAAAGGAGAAUGGAAAAAUGAUCAUUGUGAUUGUAUUGGUUAUUAUUUUGGAAGUGAAUGUCAGUAUACUUCAAGGUGUAUUGAAGGAAAAAUCAAACAUGGAAGAUGUAUUUGUAACGAUGGUUUUGAUGGAGAUUAUUGUGAUCAAAUUUCAUGUAAAUAUGGAACAUCGAGUGAGUGACUUUGCAGGAUUUUUUAUCAAAAAAAGAUUUUUCGUUCAGAUGCAACAGAUCGUUCUUUAUCCUGUGUAUGUACUACUAAAAAAUACAAAGGUCGUCAUUGCGAUGAAUGCACAAAUACAGGAAUUGGCUGGCAACCAUAUCCAAUUUGUAACAAGAAUUUCAAAAUGAUUCAGAAUAUGCAACACGCUCAAAAGAUUCGAGAAGAACGUCGACAAAUGAAAAGAAAACAGAUUGUGAUUAUUUCAAUGUGUAUUUUUGCUUUAGUUUCAGCUGGUUUUAUGAUUGGAUGUGUUCAUUUAUUACAUCGAAAAGCAAUCAAAGCUGAAGAUGAUCGUGGACAACAAAUGAAAGAAGAACGACAUAUACUUCUAACAAAUCAAGUCAGAUUACAAAAACUGUAUGUUUUUUCUCUUAUUGUCAAAUCCUAAAUUAUCACUUACAAUAAUUCAGAGAAGAAGAAGUGGCUCGCGAAAGUAAGGAAAGUUUAGCAGCUGAUAAUUUAGAGAGGAAAAAACGUCGAAAAAGUGAGCCGGCUAUAAAUCAUUCAGAACUCUCCCUAAUAAUAACACCACGUAUCAAAACAUCAGUGGCUAUUCCAAAAUAA